AUGUCCAUCGAAAAGAAGGACUCUGUGGUAAACAGCUCAUCAUGGGCCGUCACGGAUGACAGCCAAGUCCGACCAGCCUUUUUCUCCUUCAGAAGUAUUGAUUGCAGAUUAAAGGUCCGUGGCGAAUGGAAGGAAUUGCUACAAAAUGUUAGCGGUUACUGCAAACCUGGUGAAUCGCUGGCCAUUAUGGGCCCAUCAGGUGCUGGUAAAAGUACCUUGCUGGAUGUGAUUUCUUUCAGAAAAACCACUGGAGAAUGGACUAAUGAUGUUCGUCUCAAUGGAGCUCCAUUGACUCAGCGAGAAUUCAUCCAAAACAACGGUUACGUUACAUCUGAUGACUUACUACCCCCAGAGCUGACUACUCGCGAAGCUUUGGAAUUCUGUGCUGCUCUUCGUUUGCCUGAAGUCUGGACCGCAGAGGAGCGACGUGCACGUGUCGAUGAUGUUUUGACUCUGAUGCAGCUCAAUUAUGUCGAACAUAACAAGAUUGGGUCUGCUUUGGUCCGUGGGUUAUCAACUGGCGAACGAAAACGUGUCAACGUCGCCGUCGAAAUGUUGCCAGUAGCAUCAGUAUUAUUCUUGGAUGAACCAACUACUGGUUUGGACAGUUCAACUGGUCGUGCUAUUAUUGAGAAUGUCAAUGAGGUCGUCCGUCUCCGCAAAUUGGCAUGCAUUGCUACGAUUCACCAGCCCUCAUACACCAUCUUGUCCCAAUUCGACAACCUUUUGCUUCUCUGCCCUGGUGGACAGACUUGCUACUUUGGCACCACAUCUGACGCCAUUGCCUAUUUUGAGCAAUUGGGCAUUUCAAUUACUGGAAACCCGGCUGAGGUCUACGCCAACGAACAAGCUGCUCGUGCAGACUUCCUCGUUGCCUCUUGGAAGAAAUCCUCUGAAUGUGUAGCUCUUCAAAAGAGAGUCAAUGACAUUCACUCUGGCCAAGGGACUAUCAACAACUAUGAAGCGUUUCAUUUGAAACAGGCCACAGCUUUGGAAUCAAUGGGAUUCUACCAACUCGCUUCAGGCCGUCUCCAAUUCUAUCACUUGUUUCUCCGUCAGUUGAGAAUUUACUGGCGAAACCCUCUCAUGUCCACAACUCGGUUUAUCUCCGCUAUUGUCGUCGGUCUGUUCUGUGGUGGAGCCUUCUAUGGCCAAACUGCUGGUUUCUACGGUCACGUCGGAAAGGAUGCUCUUGGUUUCACCAUUACACUCAUGGUACCUGGAUUUGGAUCUGCUGCUAUUGCGUACUGGCUCGAACGCCGCAAGCAAUACUACCACGAAGAAGCAGCUGGUUACUACAACAAGCUGUGGUACCUGCUAGCACAAUAUGUCGUCGAAGUGAUAUUCUCUGGCACUAUGUGUGCUUGUGUUGCAUUCAUCGCACUUCCCAUGGCUGGUUUCGACAACAAGAACCUUGCUGAAUCUGGAUUUACACUCUACCUUGAGGCCAUGUGUGUCUCCUCUCUGAACAUGAUCUGUGCAUAUGUUGCUGGAUCCAUUCCAUAUGCCAAUGCAGCAUUUACCAUCCACUAUUUCUUCUUCCUCUUCUGGACUAGCACAUAUUGUCCCGACAGUUUCAUCUUGCCCAGAUCGUCACCAGUCAAAUACUUCUUUGCUUGGCUAUCUUAUGACCGUCUCUGGUUCUACCCUCUCAUGAGAAACGAGUAUCUCGGACAUAGUGUCACCUGUGCCAAAGAUGAAUUGAUCCCUCUCGAUGUCAACACUGCCCUGUACCAAGGAUUGGGGGAUACCACAAUGGCCAUGGCCAUUAAAGCUGCUCCUGCCUUGAACUCCACCAUUGCUCCUCUGAAGCAUAUUGCCUUUGCUACAUCAGCUCAAAACGACUCUCUUACUCAACUGUUUACUCUGGCUGCGAAUGUCAACAGUGCUUCAGCUGCAUCGGCAGCAGCUGCUUCAUUAUCGGCGGCCACAAAGGAUUACAUCACGGGCCAGUACGCCAAUGAUUUGAAGGCAUACGCGCAAUAUGCAGGUCUCGAUGCAUAUAACGGCACAGCAGUUACUCAAUCUGUUGCUCUCGCUAUUGAUGCCCAAAGCAACUUGGCUCUUGCAACCCGUCUCGUUGCAGCUCCAGUCCCGACAAUUGAUUCAUGUCUCAUUACUGAUGGAGAAUCAGGACUUGCAGCCAUUGUCGGCAUGGUCUUGUACACUACAUAUGCUAACGGAACCAUCUCUGGUAAAGAUGUCGACCACUGGGAUGUCACACCUAACGGAUUGCUGUAUGCUCUUCAAGUCGUGUAUGGUGCUUUCUACUUUGUCUUGGCAUGGGCUGCGCUACGUUAUUGUAACUUUAGGCAAAAAUAG